ACACGGGACACAGCUCAGCAGCAUCAUCGCGUCGCGCCCCCGUCUCCAUUUCUUUGUCUCUCUCCCGGUCUUAAAAAUCCAACGCGGCCGCCGGACGCGCAUUGCUCAUCCUCCCUCCCCGGUUCGCCUCCUCGCCCCCUCUUCCCCUGCUCCUCCCCUUCUUCCCCGGGGGCUGGGCGUUCUUGGAGCCGGAGCUUCUGGAGCUGCCGGCGGUGGUCCAGUAGGUGUCGGUUCGCAAUGGGGAGGAGCAGCCGCGCCUGCUCCGUCCUCGGCUCAGCCCUGCUCCUGCUGCUGCUCUCGCUCGGCUCCGCCGCCGCGCAGAAGGGCUCCACCUGGAAGACCCUGAGUGGCAAGGCUCCAACAAUUGUUGCCAAGGGCGGGUUCUCAGGCCUUUUUCCAGAUUCCAGUGUUCUUGCUUAUCAGUUUGUUGAAAUGGCUAGCUCCCCUGACACAGCCAUCUCGUGCGAUGUUUGGUUGACCAAGGAUGGCACUGGCAUCUGCCUUCCAAACAUAAAUAUGGAUAACUGUACCACCAUAUCCGAUCAAUUCCCACAGGGGAAGAAGACCUACAAUGUUAAUGGUGUAUCUACAGCAGGAUGGUUCUCCGUGGACUUUACAAGCACUGAUCUACAAAAUGUAUCCUUGAAGCAAUCAAUCUUGUCCCGCCCGUAUUACUUUGAUGGUUCCUCCCCAAUAGUUCCUGUUAACGCUGCUUUGUCCCAAUUUAAGACCCCUGCUGUUUGGUUAAAUGUGCAGCAUGACAGUUUCUAUAGCCAGUUUAAGCUCAACAUGAGAAGCUAUAUCCUAUCUCUAACAAAACAAUACAUCGUUGACUACAUCUCAUCGCCUGAAGUGAACUUCCUCACCAGCAUAUCUGGAAGAGUUAGCAAGAAGACAAAGCUUGUGUUCCGCUUUCUUGAUGAACGCUCUAUUGAGCCAUCUACAAACCAAACAUAUGGUUCAAUGUUGAAAAAUCUAACAUUCGUCAAGACUUUUGCUUCUGGAAUACUUGUCCCUAAAAACUACAUCUGGCCUGUCACACAAGAUAAUUAUCUGCUGCCCUAUACUUCAGUCGUUGAUGAUGCUCAUAAAGCAGGGCUAGAAGUCUAUGCUGCUGGUUUUGCAAAUGACUUUGUUAUCAGCUACAACUACAGCUAUGAUCCAUUGACAGAAUACCUUUACUUCAUUGAUAAUGGUGCCUUCUCUGUUGAUGGUGUAUUGUCCGAUUUCCCUAUUACCCCUUCAGAGGCAGUCGGUUGCUUUAGUAACCUUAACGACAGCAAGAUAGAUCAUGCUAAACCUCUAGUAAUCUCUCACAAUGGUGCCAGUGGUGACUACCCAGACUGCACUGACCAAGCUUACCAAAAGGCAGUUGCUGAUGGUGCGGAUGUCAUUGACUGUCCUGUUCAAGUGACCAAAGAUGGCAUACCAAUAUGCAUGAGCUCCAUUGACCUGAUGGAUGUUACUAAUGUUGCAAAAUCACAAUUUGCCUCGCCAGCAGUUACCAUAACAGAUCUUAAGCCUGUUCCUGGAGUCUUUACCUUCAACCUCACUUGGGAUGAUAUUUCGAAGAACCUGAAGCCCAUGAUAUCAAACCCAAUGAGCAAGUUCCAACUAUAUAGAAAUCCAAGAAACAAGAAUGUCGGGAAUUUCAUGAGACUAUCAGACUUUUUGGCCUUUGCAAAAGAUAAGGAUUUGUCUGGAAUCAUGAUCACUGUAGAGCGUGCUGCAUUCAUGGCAGAGAAGCUUGGAUUUGGUGUGGUAGAUGCGGUGAUCAAAGCCCUUGAUGACUCUGGUUACAGCAAACAGACUGCACAGAAAGUUAUGAUCCAGUCAACGAACAGCUCAGUUCUAGUGAAGUUCAAGCAGGAAACCAAAUAUGACCUUGUCUACAUGAUCGAAGAAGAUGUCAGAGAUGCUGCGCCUUCCUCCCUUGCGGACAUUAAGAAGUUUGCCAGUGCUGUUUCUGUCAGCACCAAAUCCGUUUUCCCAACGACCAAUCAAUUCUUGACAAACCAGACCAAUAAUCUCGCUUCAUCCCUUAAAUCUGUUGGCCUCCCAGUUUAUGUUUAUCUGCUCAUGAAUGAGUUUGUUUCUCAACCGUAUGACUUUUUCUCAGACGCCACCGCACAGAUCAAUGGUUAUGUGCAAGGUGCUAAAGUGGAUGGAGUCAUCACAGAUUUCCCUGGGACUGCUCACAGAUACAAAUUGAACUCCUGCAUGGGAAAGAAUGCACCGGGCUUUAUGCAGCCUACGACGCCAGGGGGCCUACUUUCAGUUAUGGGCGGUGCUCAGCCACCAGCGGCAGCCCCAAUGCCACUCUUGACAGACUCUGAUGUCACAGAACCACCCCUUCCUCCGGUGAGCAACACCACCACAGCUUCGACGCCUUCCCAUGCUGCCCUCAGAAUGAAGACCGAUGUCUCCAUCCUCAUCACAUUGCUGGUGCUAUGUGCUUCUCUCCUGAUUUGAAGAUAGUCCUGCACAUGCGGCAUUGGGCGUUAGAGCUCUAAUGAAUUCAUAUCGAGUUGCUAAUAGCUAUUCUUUCCACGACUUCUAUGUAGCAAUUCUUUUUUUUGUUUUGCGGAAUUUGGGGCAUGUUGAUGUUCAACUUGAUACCUCGACGGUGGCACUUGUGUGUGCUGCUCGUAGCAACAUUUUGGUACAUAUGUGUGGUGAUACAUUAUUCAGUGUUCAGGUCACCUUUUUCCCUGUCUGCCCUUUGAAUUCUGAUUGUUAUGAAUUCACAUUUCACUGA